AUGUAUGUAUCACUUUCUGUCUGUUUAUAUCUAUGUAAAUAUUUCAAUCUGCUUUUAUAUAUUUUUUAUAUAAAUCAUUCUUAUCUAUCUAUCUAUCUAUCUAUCUAUCUAUCUAUCUAUCUAUCUAUCUAUCUAUCUAUCUCAUAUAUAUGUAUGUAUGUAUUGUUUUCUGUCUGUUUAUAUCUAAAUAUUUCAUUCUGUUUCUAUCUAUCUAUCUAUCUAUCUAUCUAUCUAUCUAAGCAUCUACAUGCUUGGUCUGUUUCUAUCUAUCUAUCUAUCUAUCUAUCUAUCUAUCUAUCUAUCUAUCUCUUUCACUCUGUAUUAUGUUUGUUAUCUAUCUAUCUAUCUAUCUAUCUAUCUAUAACCAUCUCUCCCCUUAAGUCUGUUCAUAUGUAUGUAUGUAAGCAUCUGUCUAUCUAUAUAUGUCUCUAUCUCAGUCUGUUCAUAUCUAUCUACAUAUGUAUCUCUUUCAGUUCAUAUCUCUCUAUCUAUCUAUCUAUCUAUCUAUCUAUCUAUCUAUCUACUCCUUUCAGUUUGCUCAUAUCUCAUAUGUAUGUAUGUAUCUAUCUAUCUAUCUAUCCUAUGAUGGAUCAAUAUCCGUAG